CCCCAUCCGCCUCCGCACUCUUGCUCUUCCCUCUCCUCCUCCUCCUCCUCCCCCUCCUUCCCCCGCGCACCCCGCCACUGGGGCGCCUUCCCGCGUCCGGCUAAGGCCGCGGGGGGGGGGGGGCGAUGGAGAUCCUGACGGCCCCGCAGUUCGCGCUCGAGGAGGGCGCCCGCCGCCCGGGGGGCGGUGCAGCCCCGCGGGAGCCGCUGCAGCACGGGCCACAGGAUCACCGCUCCUCCGCCGCCGCCGCUGCGGACGGACGAAGGUACUCUCCAAUCCCGUCAAAGAGUCGGCCAGCCUUGGGGCAUCGAGGGCCAGGGACGCCUCUGGGCACGCUUGAGCCUCUCGGCGCGGUCAAGACCAAGGUCCAUAGGAAGGAGGAGGAGGCGGUGGACGAGCAGGACCGUCGGUAUCUUCUGGGCAACAAGGCGGCAGACUUUUACGCCAAGGAAUGGGCUUCUAUGCAUCGACCCCCUCCGGCGGAGCUGGACAGCCACGCGGCCGCCUACGACAUGCUGGUAAGGCUACUCAUUGGGGCAGGGAAACUUCUGGAAACCUGGCCCAAGUCGGAGGAUCUCUGGGGGCCACUGGAAAAGCUCCCCUCGCAACCCAGGACACCUCAGGAACGCCCUUUUGUUGAAGAGCACCACCCAAUGUGGGAUGGUAAACGGUAUCGAUGCGACACAUGUCUGCGGAUAGUUUUUCCGAUGUCGAGAUUUUCGUGCAAAGCUCUACCAGCAGGGAUGCGCAUGGUUCUGGAUUCCCACCAACGCCUGCACCACUCUCUCCACAUCGGGUGGCUGGAUAACGGGUUCCCCCUUAUUUUCUGCAACCGGUGCGGGGGCUUCUGUUCAGAGAGAGGAAGCCGAAAACUGCUCGACCCCAGGGGCUGCCAGAACAAAGUGACCAGUGAGCUCAGGAAGCUUAGGAAAGGACGUGUCCCAGGAUCCCAUGCCAGGAUUCUCAAGGUCACCCCCUACAGGCCAAGUUCGCUGCUCGGCACGACAGGUGCGUAGGAUACACUGUGUGGCGGUAUCCUUGUUUUGACAGACGUGGCCGAGUAUCCGGUCCAGGGCAGUUGCCCUCCCCGGAUGUAGGCCACGCGGCCGGGACAGGACAGGCAACACUGCUGUCCGGACCCAGGCUCCCUCUCCCGCCUCCCUUCCCCAGCCUUUCCUGUCUCCGCCCCCUCCCGAGGCGGCCAUAAGCCGUAGGGCAGGGCCAUCUCGGCGAAGGCCUCGAGGCACGGGUGUGGAGGGAC